AUGGGAUGGGACCACCCUGCAGCCUGGGGCCCCAACCCGGACCCCAAUCAGAGACCCCAAACCGGGACCCCUCAGCUGUCCCCCGGCAGUGCCGGGUCCCCUCCCGGGGCUGCCUCUGAGCGCUUCCCCCCGGAACGCGGGGUACGGCGGGGUCUGGAUGCCCCCGGCUCCCCUCGGUACCGCCGGGAUCCCGGUCCCGCUCAGAUUCCAUCCCAGCGGUACCGGCGGGGUCUGGAUCCCCCCGGCUCCUCUCGGUACCGCCGGGAUCCCGGUCCCGCUCAGAUUCCAUCCCAGCGGUACCGGCGGGGUCUGGAUGCCCCCGGCUCCCCUCGGUACCGCCGGGAUCCCGGUCCCGCUCAGAUUCCAUCCCAGCGGUACCGGCGGGGUCUGGAUCCCCCCGGCUCCUCUCGGUACCGCCGGGAUCCCGGUCCCGCUCAGAUUCCAUCCCAGCGGUACCGGCGGGGUCUGGAUGCCCCCGGCUCCGCUCGGUUCCCCCGGUACCGCCGGGAUCCCGUCCCGGCGGGCUCGCCGUGCCCCCCUCCGAGCCCCGGCGUGUCCCGAAAUGGAGUGGGGUCCCGAAUCCUGCCGGGGGCGUGGGGACAGCUCUGUCCCCCUGUCCUGAGCGGUGACUGUCCCCAAGGCAGCCAGGCGGAGGCGGAGGCCAUGGAGAAGGAGCUGCUGGAGGAUUAUCGCUUCGGGCGGCAGCAGCUGAUCGAGAUCUGGGGACACGCCUGUGCCGUGGCUGUCACCAAGGCGUUCCCGCUGCUGUCGCUGCGGCGCAGGCAGCCCACGCUGCUGGUGGCGUGCGGGCCGGGGCAGCACGGGGCCAUCGGGCUGGUGUGCGCCCGCCACCUCCGCACCUUUGAUUACGAGCCCACCAUCUUCUACCCCAAGCGCUCCCCGGACCCGCUGCACCGCGACUUCACCACGCAGUGCGAGAGGAUGGACAUCCCCUUCCUGUCCUACCUGCCCGCCGAGGUGACCCCGGCCCCGAAUCCCGGGAUUGAUCCCCCUCCUUCCCUUCCCCCCUGUGGACCCCCAAAUCCCGGGAUUGAUUCCCCUCCUUCCCUUUUUCCCCGUGAACCCCCAUCCCGUCCCGUCCCGGUGACGCUGUCCCCCGGGCCAGGCUGGGCGGCGGGCGCUGGUGGCAGCGGUGACAUCAGGCCGGACGUGCUGGUGUCGCUGGCGGCCCCCAAGGCGGUGGCGCGGCGCUUCCAGGGACGGCGACAUUUCCUGGCGGGGCGCUUCGUGCCCGAGGAGCUGCGGCGGAAAUUCGGGAUCGGCCCCCGCCAGUACCCGGGCAGCGACUGCGUGGUGGCCCUGUGACCCCAAAACUGCCCCGGGACCCCGAAAUAAACCCCUGGGACCCCAAAACUGCCCCGGGACCCCAGAACUGCCCUGGGACCCCAAAA